GAAGCGAUAGCAGGAGAGAAGAGCAAAGAAAGAAAGAAAGAGAUCUGGAUGAGAAAGAGAGAGUGGAGGCAGAACACAAGACAAGAAAACGAAAUGAAACUAAUUCCAAAGCUAUCGUGUCCUUCUAUCCCUUCUCUUCUCUUCUUCUGCUAACACCGCUUCCAAUACUAACAAACAAACACGCCCUCGGAAUUCGAUAUUCCAACUAUUCAUUCCUCAAUCCUUCGUUAUUCCCCUUCCCUGUUUCAUUGCUUCUUCUUCUUUUAAACAAUAACAUUGCAACACACUAACACUAUAUAACUUCACACUCUCUCUCACACACAAGCUUCACAACAACCAGUUCCCUCGCCAGAGGGAAGUUAUCAACAGUUCCUUGAAGAAGAUGGAUGUUUGCAGCCCUCUUAAAUCCGAUACUAAACUAAAGCACCAACCCCUGACCUCUCUUAGGUUGUUAAGGGGUCUGUUAUGUUUAAUGGUGUUUCUUUCCACAGCUUUUAUGUUCUUAAUCUAUUUUGCACCAGUGGCAGUUGUAGCGUUGAGGCUUUUCAGCACACAUUGUAGUAGGAAGACAGUGUCAUUCAUCUUUUCGCUUUGGUUAGCUCUGUGGCCCUUUCUAUUUGAAAAGAUAAACAAAACUAAAGUUGUCUUUUCUGGUGAUAGUGUUCCGUCAAAGGAACGUGUUUUACUUAUUGCUAAUCACAGAACUGAGGUUGAUUGGAUGUACUUGUGGAAUCUUGCACUUCGUAAGGGAAGACUUGGAUGCAUAAAAUACAUCCUUAAAAGCAGCUUGAUGAAAUUGCCUAUAUUUGGUUGGGGAUUUCACAUUCUGGAGUUCAUUGCAGUGGAGAGGAAGUGGGAGAUAGAUGAGAAAAUACUGCACCAUAAGCUUUCGGCACUAAAGGAUCGUCAAGAUCCUUUAUGGCUAGCACUUUUUCCAGAAGGAACCGAUUAUACUGAACAGAAGAGUCAAAAUAGUCAAAAAUAUGCUUCUGAAGUUGGGCUACCUGUGCUGAAAAAUGUGUUGCUGCCAAAAACAAAAGGGUUUCAUGCUUGCUUGGAAGCUCUACGAGGCUCAUUGGAUGCAGUGUAUGAUGUGACUAUCGCGUAUAAAAAUCAAUGUCCAACUUUUCUGGACAAUGUCUUCGGUGUGGAUCCGUCUGAAGUCCACCUACAUGUUUUGCGGAUUCCGGUGGACGGGAUUCCAGCUUGUGAAACUGAAGCUGCUUCAUGGCUAAUGAACGCAUUCCAGAAGAAGGAUCAAUUGCUCUCUGAUUUCAAGGUUCAAGGUCAUUUCCCUAACCAAAUAAAUGAAAAGCAACUUUCAACAUCCAAGUGCAUCGUUACUUAUACUUUGGUGGUUGCUUUCACCGCGCUGUUCACAUAUUUCACCUUUUUCUCUCACAUUUUGUUCAAGUUAUACGUAGGUCUAUCAUGUGCGUAUCUUGCUAUUUCAACGCGCUAUGAUUUUCAAUUGAUGCCUUUUACAUUCUAUGUUAAUGCACUCUUUAAUAGCAAGAAACAAAAGAGUGGAUAAUGUUGUUAAUUGUAAGUGGCCAAUGUACAAUUUUGGAAUUGAUAUUUGAAUUGUAAAUCAUUUGUUGCUGUUUGUUGGGAAUUCAGGAAAUUAGGGUCACAAUUGUACAAUUGUUGCAAUUCAGGUAUCUGGUAUAGCAUCU